AUGAGGAGUAGCGUUGAGGAUGAGGAAAAGCGUUCAAAGUGGACUUCACACUUUGAUUCAGUGUGGGAAAGCCCUUACCUAGAUAAUCUCAUCAAUGUUUGGCCCCAUUUCCACUCAUCGUCUGCCCUCUGCCCUCAUCGUUUGCCCCCAUCUUCAACCUCUGGCCUCAUUGCAUGGUCUGCCUUCGAGGCAGACAAGUUCUGCCUGUAUGACUUCGUGUCAUCCAGCGCUAUCUGGCCGUCUGACUACGAGUCAGAUUACGGUCUACCUACCUCAACACCUCGCCCACAAUCCAUCCUCUACAAAUGUAUGUGUCCAUUUAACUCUAUUCUAAUUGAUUACACGCAGGAUUUUUCAACGACAUCCUCAUCUCCCACCCUUGUCUCCACCGCAUCGACUGGCCUGAUCGCAUGGUUCUGCCUUCGAGGCAGACACGCUUUGGCUGGGUGA